UAUUGACGUUCAAAACAUUCAUUAAACUUUGCUCUAGAAAUUUAUUUCAACAAAUUCAUAACAUAAAUGUUAUGUAUUUUUGUAUAAUUAAGUAGAACUAUGUCCAAUGACGAUAAAUUAAAGUCAGUAUUUGCCGAUUUAGGUCGUGCCACAUUACGUGGAAUACGAAAAUGUCCAAAAUGUGGAACAUUCAAUGGUACACGCGGUGUUAGUUGUAAAAAUAAAAAAUGUGAUGUAGUUUUUAAGGAAAUCGGCUUAAAACGAAAAUUAAGUUCCGAUGCUGUGAAAUUAUUGACCGGUACUACGACACAAGUGUAUUCAGUUCGUGUCCGUGAUCGAGCACCCGAUCAUCGAGGAUUUGUUCAAUUACCUUAUAUUCAAACACAUUUAACCAGUAUUGACUUAGAUCCUACGAUUAAUUUAAUAAACGAAUCAGCGGCCCUAUGUUUUGUGGAUACAUGUCAACGUUCGUUUAAUACGUCCAUUUUAAAGUGUCAUGAAUCAGAACAGCAUUCCGCUUCGUCCAUAUCAUCCUGUACUCAUGUUUUAGCGGCCAUAAAAUGUGCGAAUGAAGCUACACCGUUGAUUGUUCGGAAUAGCAUACUAAGUUCGUUAAAUGUAUCGAAUGAAAUUAAACAAGAAUUAUGGCUAUUAGCGACUGAAACUGUUGGACCAUUAGUACAGCGUGUCUCAAAAAAUAUAUUAGCUGUUAAAUGUCAAACUAGCCCGAAACAUCCAUUAGGCUAUUUGCAUUUAUCGUUUAUUCAAACGAAAAAUAAGGAACGUUUAGAAAAUAAAUUCUUUUGUGGAUGUACAGAUUUUGGAAAAGGUCAUUUUCCGAAAGAUGAUUUAACGAAUUUCGGUGGUUUUUCGAAAAAAUGUAUACAUUAUUAUGCAUGUGUUUGCGCAUUUGCAAGCGAUGCCAAUUUAUCAGAAGAGUUUGAUUACUAUGUAAACCAAGAAAAACCGUUUAUUUCUACAAAUUUAACCACAACAGUAGAUGUACAAAAUUUAACAGAAGAUUCAGAAGAUGUAAAUGAAUCGUUAGUAUCAAUAUCAUCAAUAUUCAAUACCGAUUUUAUUACGACAAAUAAUGUUUGUAACAUUGAAGUGUUAACUGAAGAGAAUUUAAUGGACGUGUCUGAUUUAGUUGUUGCCGAAUUGGGUACAAUUCAAAAUAUUGAACAGCUUAAUAAUGAUGCUAAAGAAAAUUCAUCGAAUGAGAUAACAAUUAUAAAAGAAAAUUUAGAUGAUGAUAUAUUAAAUUUAACCGAAUUAACCGAAAAUUAUAACGAAGUAUUUUCUAGUACAAUCGAUUCUGAAUUUAUUGAAAUAUCUGAACUAAAACGGCCCGCAAUAACCCCACAAACAUUAAAAUCGUAUUCAUCGAAAAAACCAAAACUCCAAGCUUCAAAUAAUAGUACAGCGUUAACACUAACAGAUGAUUGUGAUAUUUUAAAAUUGGUAACAUCCAACGAGAAUAGUAAUAUGAAAGCAAAUGUUGGACGAAAAUCAAAAAAACCGAAUACAUUUAUCAAUUCUGUAGAAGAGAAAAAUGUUUCACUAUCAUUUUUAGAAUGGUUAGCAUCUGUUACAGAAACUAUUAAUGAAACUAUGCAUUUUCAAGCUGAUGGUAAACCAGAACCAUUAAAAUUUAUGGUAUCAAAGACAUUUUUUGAAUGUUUUCGUGACCGAUUAUCAUUAGGAUUAUCAAAAAAACGCUUACCAAAUUUUAUCAAGACUGAAAUUCGAACGGAUAAACCACCAUUUGGAACAUAUUCGAAACAUAUUUGGCAUAUAACAAAUAUAUUUCAUUUGAAAAAAAUUUUUGAAACACCUUUGGUAUCACUUGAAAUAACACGAAGUUUUGUUAAAAAUAAAGAUGGUACAUAUUCACCAUGUAAUAUGAACAAAGAAGAAGUAUUUUGUUACAAUAAUAGUUAUGUGCCAAUAAAACCAUUAGAGUUAAAAACAUUCUUAAAAGUUGGUAAUACAUCAAUGGAUCAAAGUGAACCGACACCAUUUAUUAUUGAAUGGAUACCAGAUAUUAUACCAAAAAUGCAAAUUGGUGAAUUAAAAUUACAAUUUGAAUUUGGACAUAGCCGUGAAUUAAAGACUUUUGGACAAGAUAAAGUUUCCGGUAGCAAUCGAAAGCGCAAAAAUAAUCCAAAAUGUAUUCGUCAAGUCAAAUCUUACUGUGAAGAUGUCGUGUAUGGUGUUUAUAACGGACAAGUCAAAACGUCGAAACAUAUUGUGCUCGGAAUGUCCUUGAAAAGUUUAACAAGUAGUCGCAAAAUUAUUGAUGUAAUUCAUAGGUACGGUCAUUGCAUUAGUUAUCCAGCUGUAGAAGAGCUGGAAACCGAAGCAACAUAUACUUCAAUACAGCAGUCAAGUAUAUGUCCUGAAGCAAUUGUAAAAUCACCACAUCUCUGUACUGGGGUUGCUUUUGAUAAUUUUGAUAGGUUUGUGGAAACUAACAGUGGCAAAGAUACAUUGCACGAUACUGUCGGGAUCAUCUAUCAAAAUAUUGAUUUAGAUAAUCCAGAUGAAUCCCAAUUGAUAAGUUUACCCGCUGUUAACAAUGAGACACCUUUAAAUUCGAAGACGAGGAGACGAAGAACUUGCCAACAUUGGGUUGAUGAUGACUUAUCAAACUUAGACGAUGAUGACAGUAAAGAUCACGCUGAAUUGUAA